UAAUCGCAUGCCACGUGGCACUAACUGUACAGUUGCUUCACAACUAUCCCACGCAUCAUCCCUGCAGAUUGCACAUCGCACACCAUAGCCAAAAUCUCGAUCUCGCAAUGGAAAACGACCAGGGUGUUCUCGUCGACCUCUACGUCCCCCGCAAGUGUGCAGCCACCAACCGCCUGAUUACCUCCAAGGACCACGCUUCAGUUCAGAUCAACGUCGCUGAUGUUGAUGCUAACGGUCGUGCCCUGAACACUUACACCUCAUUUGCACUCUGCGGACAAGUGCGAUCACAAGGGGAGGGCGAUGACUCUGUUAACCGGCUAGCAACGAAGGCGGGUUGUAAGUCUUGUUCUCUAUGAGGAAUUUGUCUGAACUGUACUGAUGGUUUGUUCUUGUAGUGCUCCGGAAUGUGUGGUCGUAC